AUGGUACAGUUGCCUAACCCAGUGAUUACUGCUGGUUCCCUGCCUUUUGUGUCAGCUCAGGCAUCUGAACUGGAAGCCCUAGCUCAGGCAUUUAGAGGGUUUGCAAUGAAAGAUGUGACCAUUUACACUGACUCAAGGUAUGCGUUUGGAGUUGUGCAUGAUUUUGGAGUGAUUUGGCAGAAUAGAGGUUUUGUUGCUGCUGAUGGUAAGAGUAUCUCACAUUCUACACUGGUACAGGAACUCUUGGAUGCAAUUAAAUUGCCACAUAAGCUAGCAAUUGUUAAAUGUAAAGGUCACAGUACUGACUCCACUGACAUUAGAUUUUGUAAUGAUUUUGCAGAUACAAUAGCAAAAGAAGCUGCACUUCAGGGUUCACCACACCCUGACUAUCUCAACACUAAUACUCAGUAA